CGCGGUGUCAACAAACAUGGUGGAUAUGUGCCCUAAAUGUAAGAUCUUGCGAUCCAAGCACCAAGACCGGAAUGUGCCAGUACUGCGACAGAUGUACAUUAAAUAUCCAUGCCUGAACUGCGCCUGCAACGGGCAGGUGGUUCAGCAGAAGCGGGUGACCAUCCCAGUGCCGGCUGGCGUUGAUGAUGGACAGACGGUACGAAGCAAGGAGCUGUCCAUUACAUUCAACGUAUGGAAGAGUCGCUACUUCCGCCGACACGUUUCAUCUAAUUCUUCAACAAAUUCCACAUCAUCGUAACUCUCCAGGUCUUCAUCGUGCACAUCGAAAUCAACGUCUCCUUUUUCAGUGAGGAUAAGUUUGCUUAGCGCCCGAAAGAUGAUUGUUCUAGCGACUUAACCACACGAUGAAACCGGUUCUCAGAUCAGAUUAUAAGAAAGAUCAACUCGGAGGAUCGAAGUUAUAUUUCAUCCUCGGCGUUGCACGGGUCUUCGUAUGGUACGUGUAUUACACCAGAAAAUUCCCCACCAGCUGCAACUAGAACGAAAUACAUCACUGAAGAGGCAGAGACGAGCAGCUCAAACUCAACGACCUCAGAAGAACUCUUUCGACGACGCUUAAAACGUGUAUGGUUACCGGAAAUUGAUAUUACAACUAUAUUUUCAACUAUGCUAACUAAUGUGUUGUUUAGUCUAGGAAUGCAAGGAACGGUUGUUGAUGAUUAUUUGAAUGCAAUGUUAGAGCGAAACAAAAAUGUGCUGUACCUAACCCAUCC